AUGGAGUACACUGCAUGGAGACGCCACAUAUGUGACAUUCUUUUCGGGCCAAGGAUAAAAGAAUUCGACGACACGGUUGUCGAAGUGAUCAUCGUCAAUCAACUUCAUGUUGUGAAAGAUCCACCUGCGUGGGACGAAAGAUGCCGGGCUGAGGGAGGAGCAAGGAGAGGAGGCGCUCGGUGUUUGUUGCACGUAACUCGAUAUGACGCACACACGAUCUCUCUCAAUUUUAGAGACGUAGACAGAGGAAGAUGCACAAACGAAAAGAAACCUGUGUAUACCCGGAGAUUUGGAAGUUUACAAAUGCUUCUUGCCAGCGAGUUUAAGAAUCCAAAGGUCUACAUGCACGUAAAAAUCCUUGGGAACAUCCUAUACUUCUUACCGAUUCAUCUCAAUUCAUCCUCCUCCGAAGAGAAGCUGCUAAAAGAGAGAUAGACGGGACCGCG